AUGCGCUGGCCGCUGCUGGCUGCGACGCUGCAGCUCCUGACUGCGCUGGGCCUGCCCGAGGAUGACAACCCGGCGACCCCCGACUACGUGGAGCUCGAGCUGGGCAGCGAGCCCGCCCGCAACCGGACCCGCUGGGACGCCCGCUUCGUGGACCCCGCCGACGGACGCUUCGUGGCCAAGAUCAUGGACACGUUCAUUCUCAGCAAGGACCUGACCCGCAGCUUCGACUACCGGAUCGUCAAGCCCGCCCUCGACAUCGCUGUCCGCAAGGUCCGCGCGCUCUACCCGCACAUUGGCUUCGAGCUGGUGAGCCGGCGCGGCUACACGUCCUGCAUCAACAACUACGCGGGAAACUACGCGGCCGAGGAGUUCUUCGGCGGUGGUGUGACGGCAUUUGUCGGGCCCGGCUGCUCGAUGGCCGUCGACUCCGUGGGGCGGCUGGCCUCUUACUGGAACGUACCCGUGUGCACGGCCGCUGGCGUGGGCGCGCAGUUCGAGGAUCGCACCAUCUACGGCACCCUGGUGCGGCUGGCGCUCACCAUCAAUGCGCUGCGUGAUGCCUUCCUCAAAGUGCUGCGCCACUUUGGCUGGCAGCACCUCGUGGUGCUCUCGGACAGCUCCCAGUCUUUCUUCCGACAGCUGCGCCGCGCGCUCGAGGGCCUGUUUGCCGACCCGGACGCCCGCGUGCGCGCUGUCUUCAGGGACUUCGACUCAAGCCGCUCGACCGUCAACUACACGUCCCUGCUGGUCGACGGCUCCUCGUACGCGCGUGUGUUCCUGCUGGCGGGCGACGGCGAGGUCAUCCGCCAGAUGCUGCUGGAUGCCUACGACCUGAACAUGCACGACGGCCAGUUUGCCUUCCUAACUGCGGAGCCGUACAAGAACGAGCGCUACUUCGGCGAGUUCUCCUGGUACAAGGAGGGCGACCCGCGCAACCCGGAGGCCCGAAAGAUGUACGAGGCCCUGAUGAUCCUAUCCCUCAAGAUUCCCACGAGUCCAGAGUACAAAAACUUCGUACGCCAGGUGGUGCGCGACUCCAGGAAGGAGUUCAACACCAGCAUCGACGAGACGAUUGUGAACGUGCUUAUCGCGGGAUUCUACGACUGCGUCCAGCUGUACGCUUGGGCACUGAAUGAGACCUUGGCCCACGGUGGUGACCCCAUGGACGGCCGCGCACUCAUCGAUCUCAUAAUGAACAGCACUCGAUACGGACUCACGGGCAAAAUUCACUUCAACGCCAACGGCGACCGUAUAGCGGAGUACGCCCUAAAAGCUCUCGACCCGGCAACACUUGAGAUGCAGCCCGUGGCCGUGUACCACGGGGCCAAGCAGGUCCUAGUUCCCGUGGAAAACGUGACCAUCUACUGGCCAGGACAACGAACGGAACCUCCUCGAGACGUGCCAGACUGCGGUUUCUUGGGCGACGCCCCCCACUGCCAGCGGAAAGAGUCGCCCACACUGCUGAUCGUGGUCACCCUGGUGACGCUCCUCAGCUUCUUCGGCAUGGCCAUUGUCGCCCUCCUAUUCUACAGGAGGGUGCAGCUGGAGACGCAACUAGCAAACUUCUGGUGGAGCAUCAAGUGGGAGGACAUCUCUUUUCCGGAGAGAAGCCGAAAGUCUGCUAGUAGCCUCGCCACCAACGACGAAGGCCUGUCCAAGGGCUCGCCAAGAUUUGGCGGCGCCUGCUCCACGCAAGGUGGAUAUGGGGACGUCCACGUCGGCAUCUACAAGGGCAUGACGGUGGCUGUGAAGAUGAUCCGCAUCAGCAAGUUUACAGCCACCCGGACCAUCCUGCUGGAGCUGAAGCAGAUGAGGGACGUGACCCACGAGAACCUGGUUCGUCUCGUGGGGCUAUCCGCCGAGGACCCCAACGUGGGACUCGUCAUGGAGUACUGCCCUCGCGGCAGCCUCAGGGACCUCCUGGAGAACGAGUCACUCAAGUUGGACUGGACAUUUCGCUACUCCAUCAUUAACGAUAUUGUCGAGGGCAUGAGCUUCUUGCACUGCGGCUUCAUUGGCUACCACGGGCGCCUGAAGUCGACGGCCUGCCUCAUUGACGCCCGCUUCGUGGUGAAGAUCUCCAACUUCGGACUGCGCGAGCUGCGGAAGCAAGUGAUGCCCCCCGAAGUGGAAAACCCACGGAGCCUGCUGUGGACGGCGCCGGAGCACUUGCGCGAGGAGACUCCAGGAGGCUCAGCCAAGGGCGACGUCUACAGUUUCGCCAUCAUUUUGCAAGAAAUUCUGACGCGGUCAGGCCCUUUCGAGAACCUGGAGAAAUACUCCAAGCACUUUCUGCCGCCCGAAGAGAUUCUUUUCAGAGUCAAGCUGGGCUCGAAGCCCCCGUUCCGGCCGGACGUGACCCCUUCGGACUGCCCGCGGGAGCUGCUCUCCCUCAUGAAGCUGUGCUGGAACGAGAGCCCCGUGUUGCGGCCCUCGUUCGCCAUCCUCAAGCAGCUCAUGCGCAAGUAUACCAGGCAGAUGGGCAGCACCAACCUGCUGGAUAACCUGCUGCAGCGCAUGGAGCAGUACGCCAACAACCUGGAGCAGCUGGUGGAGGAGAAGACGGCCGCUCUGGUCGAGGAGAAGCGCAAGAGCGACGAGCUGCUCUACGAGGUCCUGCCCCGCUACGUGGCCGAGCAGCUCAAACGCGGCGAGUACGUCCAGCCGGAGGCCUUCGAGUGUGCCACCAUCUGCUUCAGCGACAUCGUCGGCUUCACCGCCAUCUGCGCCAACAGCACGCCCAUCGAGGUGGUCGACCUCCUGAACGACCUGUAUUCCUACUUCGACGCAAUAAUCAUCAACUACGACGUCUUCAAGGUGGAGACCAUCGGCGACGCGUACAUGGUCGUGUCCGGGCUGCCCGUGCGCAACGGCAACGAGCACGCGCGCGAGAUCGCCCGCAUGACGCUGUCCCUGCUGACGGCCAUCGCGGGCUUUCGCAUCCGGCACCAGCCGGGCAACAAGCUGCGGCUGCGCAUCGGCGUUCACUCGGGGCCCUGCGCCGCGGGCGUGGUGGGCCUCAAGAGGCCCCGCUACUGCCUCUUCGGGGACUCCGUGAACACGGCCUCCCGCAUGGAGAGCUGCGGCGAGGCCAUGAAGAUCCACAUCACCCGCGAGACCAAGCGCCUGUUGGACACCUUCGGCACCUUCCGGCAAAGGCUCCGUGGCGACAUCUACGUCAAGGGCAAAGGCAUGAUGCGGACCUACUUCCUGGAGGCGGAGGACCCGCCGUUCUCGCCGGACAUCGGCCUCCAGGGCACCUUCUUCACCAACGAGCACCUGAUGCGCCAACUUUGA